AUGAGUAUUCUUGAUAGUCACCAGAAGAGUAGAAACAAUUUGGGAAAGCCGGAGAAAAUUGACUCUAUUUAUAAGAACCUGUUUAAGAAGAUAAGUCGAUGCACUCACUAUGCCUCAGAGCUUAAAAAAAGGGCAGAUAUAGGAAGGAAUUUGAUUCAAAAGCAUAUGAACUUAUCUAAAAUCAAAUUUUAUAUUUAUCUCCCCCACUCAAAAUCCCAACCAAAAAAGCAGGACCUAAUUGGAAGAAUCCAAAAGCUUAAUGGAGAAGUCUCUUACUCAGUGUCGAAGUCGAUAAGCUUCCUGGUAGUUUCAGAUCAAACUUUUAAGCUUUCAAAUAAAUCCCUGCUACAAGGCGGUGCCUUUUUAGAUGAGGCGGGACCUUCAGAAAACAAUUUAUGAGAAAAUCGCGCUCAACAAUCAAUAACUCAAUGCAAAGAGUUUCUUAAUGAUAGGUCGCUCCGCCUACUUUCUUCCUCUUCAAGCUUUGGAAAUGAUCCGAAAACCAUUAUGAAAGGGUUUAAAUCAGUUUCCAGUAAAACUAUCAAUUCUAAGCCGGAAUUCAAUAAUCUAUACGAGUUUUUGAACUGUAAGAGGUGGAACCUCAUCACUGUUUCUGACUUAGAGUAUAAACUCAACAUCUUAGAGUCCAGUACACUUGAUUGGCACAUCGACAGAGGCUUUGCAGCGAAGAGAAGCAAAGAAGCUGCUCAUUUUGUGAUAACUAAGAUUAUCAUGAGAAGAGAUGAGAGAUGCAUGCACAGCCAUACUUUCCAAUUUAACCCGAAAAUCAACAAAUAUGAUGUUUCUAAGAUGAAUUUAGAGGCGCCAGAAGGUACCUCAAUUUUUCAGACAGCUCAGGAGAAUGAAAUGGCUAUUGAGAAUUUCGUUAAACUGUUAAGCAAACAUGAGUCCAAUGUUCAUAACCUAGGGCAAGUUCCAUCAUGACACAGCCAGAUAGAGGAGCAGCAGCCUCUGAAUUGUCCCACUAUGUGUACCAUUUGUGAGGUUAAAGCAUUCGAUUAUCAGGCUCACCUAAAUUCAUCAACUCACAAAAAGUUUAUGAAGAAAUAUACUAAAGAAUAUAAGAAGAUUGAUGAAUUAUGAGAAGAACUUAACCUUCAGAAUAGCUCAAACAUUAAAAGACCUAAGAAGAGAAAGACUAUCACGUUUAAAAAUACUCCAAAUGAAGAACCUCAGGUUAAGCCAAAGAGAAGACAGAUUAAGAGAAGGAGUAAACAGCAGACUAAAGAGGAGAAUAGGAUCUCCCAAUAUGUCCAAGAUAGAUUAGUUAUCAUGCAAAUAGAGACUAAGAGCCAGCCUUAUAGCAAUAAAAUUAACAACCAGAGCAACAGCAUACUUGAGCAGUCAAAUACGAAGAACUCUAACGAUGUCAAGAAGUGAUAUUCCCAGAACUCAAAUGAUUCUUGUGGAUUAGAGGAUGAUUGUGUGCGCCCUUAUCCCUACUUCACCAAGAGUGUUAGAAGACAUAUUGCUAAAAGACCGAAAAAGGCUUAUGACUAUGAUGUUAGACCGCCUAAAAGAACUAAAAAGAGAAUCAAGAGAAACAAAAGACUCCGCCAAACUUACUUCGCUACUGAUUUCAAAAAACUACGUUGAACUCUUGAUGGCAGGGAUGUGAAGAGACCUAGAUUGAAGGACACAAGAAUUGAUGAAUACUUUCCCAGAGUCUCAGCAUCUAAGAAUGAUAUAAAUGAAGAUAUGGAAUAA